GCGGCCGCCCAGGGUCGCGCCCAAGAUGGCGGCGGCGGCGGCGGGGCCCGGGCUGCCGCGGGGCACGGAGGCGGCGGCGCUGUUCGAGGCGCACACGACGGUCGAGCUGCGCGAGGUGGAGCGGCGGCUGCGGGCGGGCAUCGAGCAGAAGCGGGAGGAGCUGCGGCAGAUGGUGGGGGAGCGCUACCGGGACCUCAUCGAGGCGGCCGACACCAUCGCCGAGAUGCGCCUCAGCGCCGAGCACCUGCUGGGGGCGGUGCGGGGCCUGCAGCGCGGGGCGCCGGGGCCGCGGGGCGCCCGGGGGGGCCCGGGGGCCCAGGUGAUGAAUAUUGCUUUCAGGUGUAAUGAAGAUAUCAAAUCUGGGCUCGUCAUUCUGCUGGGCUAUGUGAAGAGCCUGAAAGGCCUAGCCGGCAUCCGUGACGCUGUGUGGGAGCUGCUCACCAGCGAGUCCAUGAGCCAGAACUGGGACACUGUGUGUCAUCGACUCUUGGACAAGCCCAUCUCCUUCUGGGAGGACUUGCUGCGGCAGCUUUUCUUGGACAGGUUACAGACCCUGACGAAGGAAGGAUUUGACUCCAUCUCCAGCAGUUCGAAACAGCUUCUUAUCUUAGCUCUACAGGAGCUUGAAGUCAAGUCCAGCACCUCCACCCCCAGCAAGCACAUCCAAUUUGAACACAACAUGGCUUUGUUUCUGUGGUCAGAGAGCCCCAGCGACAUGCCUUCUGAUGCUGCCUGGGUCAAUGUGGCAAACCGCAGCCAAUUUGCAAAGAGUGGCCUGUCCAUGAAGGCCCAGGCUCUCACUCCCUGUGUGCAGAGCUUCUGUUCUGCCUUGGAUACCAAACUGAAGGCCAAACUGGAUGACCUCCUGUCCUACCUUCCCUCUGACUCUCCCACACCCAAGGAGUUAUUGGGCGUGCAGUCCAGGAACUCUGCUUUUGAUAGAUAUGCUGAUGCUGGCAUGGUAGAAGAGCUGCUCCGUGAUCACUGCAUUACAUGCAUCCAGUACGUCUUGGGCUGUGUUAGAGAAGAGCUGCAGAGUGCUGAGGACAAGCUGAAAGGACACACAGACGCUCUGAACGAUGCCAAACUUAAUGCCGUCCUCUUCAUGGCAAGACUUUGUCAGUCACUAGGUGAACUGUGUCCUCACCUGAAGCAGUGCAUUCUGGGUAAAUCAGGCAGCACAGAGAAUGUAAUGAGGGAGACCCGGUCUUCUAAAAAGCUGGGGAAAGGGAAAGCCCAGGAGUUGAAUCCCAUGCAGGCCAAGUGGCAGGAAGUGAAAGAACAAUUCCUGCAACAGAGCCUAUUUGCAUAUCAGAUUUGGAGCUCAGCUGUUAUCAAAGUCCUGGUUCACAGUUUCACCAAAACUUUGCUGCUAGAUGCUGCUGGCUCUAUCUUAGCUACAGCCACCAACUGGGAUGAAAUUGAAAUUCAGGAAGAGACAGAAACGGGAAGCAGCGUAAUGUCAAAGAUCCGACUCCCUGUACAGCCAUCCUGGUAUGUUCAAUGCCUCCUCUUCAGCUUGUGUCAAGAAGUCAAUCGGGUUGGAGGUCACGCUCUGCCAAAGCGUACCUUGCAGCUGCUGCUGAAGACCUGCCUGGCAGAAGUACUGGCUGGCUAUGAGAAGCUUGUUGAAGAGAAGCAGGAGAAGAAAGAAGGCACGUUCCCAAUGACUCAGAACAGGGCGUUGCAGUUGCUCUAUGAUCUACGUUAUUUGAAUAUAGUCCUAACCGCUAAGAGUGAGGAAGCAAAAACCAGCAGGAGCAAGCAGGACUCCAGGAUUGAGACGGUGACCGACUUCUUAGAAGCCAACAUUGAUCCGUUUGACUUGGAUGUUUUUACUCCACAUUUAAACAGCAGCCUUAACCGCCUGGUACAACGAACCUCUGUCCUGUUUGGCUUACUCACUGGGGCAGAGAAUCAGUAUACCAAUAGAAGCAAUAAUUUGAGCUCCCAGGAGCCUCACAAUAUCUUGCCAUUAGCAUCUAGUCAAAUCAGAUUUGGACUUCUACCGCUUAGUAUGUCAAGCUCUCGAAAGACUAAAUCUGCUGUUAAAAACACAGAAAAUCAGACUCAGGUUCUACCUCCUUCCGUCGUAAGAGCAGAAGAGGAAACAUUCCGCCCUGGUUCCUUGUUCAGACAGCUGGCAACAGAGGAGGAAGACACAGCUGCACCAUCCCUGUUCAAACUGAGUUGGCUCUCUAGCAUGACCAAGUGAGCUAAUAAAAAGAUGAAACACUUAA